AUCGCACAGGGAGAUUGAAUAAGCUUCCAAUGUUGUCGAACCCCUUCAAGUAUUUUUCCCUCGUGACAUUCUAAGUUUUCGAAACCUCCUUCAGAAAUCAAAAGGAAGAACAACAGAUAUGUUGGACGAUGAAUGGUUUGAUGCAUUAGAAGAUAUAAACGAACAUAAAAACACAAUUUCUGCAGAAGAAAACUUCCAGCAAAAUCCAUGCUCGCAGCCACAAGGACAAGAUGGAUCAUACACAGAAAAUGUUUGCUCCAUGCAAAGCAUACCAGGAAGAAAUAUUUUUGACAUGGGAAAACAAGGCUGUCCAAAGCAAAUUUCAAAUCUGGAGCCGUUACCAAUAAAUCUUCCUAGCGUCUCAAAAAAGGAUCAAUCCCAUCCAGUCAUGAGGCUUAACGAUUUGCCAAAGAGUACUGGUUUCCUUGCGUCGAUGCAGCAGCUAUCUAACUCAGACCAAAAGCAAGAGUCACUUGCUGCCGAAAUUACAGAAGCUCGGCCGUCUGAAACCAUUGAUGGUUUAGGUGAAGCAAAACUUCCAGUGCCAUAUACGGUUCUCGGGGGAAUGAUUCCGCGACAGCAAGUCACAAUCGCUCAAAAACGAGGGACAAAGAUACAGGGUGACAUAGUCAGCAGGUUCAAGCAACAGCAACCAGAACUUCAUGGCCAACAACUGCAAGAAGACAGUUCUUCUUACGGCACCAAUCAGCAAAGGCAACUGAGGAACCCUCAACAGCCUCUCCAGAGUCCGACUUUCCAAACAGGAAACAACCCGCAACCUUCCAUUGGUAUGUUUGAGUUAUGGGAAAAUGAUACGAUGCGUGUGCAUCAUCCAGAAACUUCAGAAGAGAAGCAUAUUCGUGAAUAUUCUUACUUGCAUGAAACCAAUGUGAGUCGGCGAACAAUCCUAGAAAACACCCCAGGACAAUUGCAAGACAACAAUCGUGAAUUACGAGCCAUCAGGCCCUCAAUUGAUGCAAAAUUAUCACAAUUUUCUGGCCACAACAUGGGGAAUGCACGUCAUCCGCCAAUGCUUCAAAACGACGCUACUGAAAAGUCCACGAAUGCGCAAUGCCACUUUCAGGCCUUGCCUGUCAUGCCAAUUAUGCAAAGGUUUCCUGUAAGGUUUCCCGUACAGGGAACCUUUGGAAAUCAUCGACAAACGCAAGGUGUUUCUGGGAGCCCGGAAUGUUUAACACCAUUUCAAAAUCAGCAUCGACUUCCACCCGGUAUCGGUCUCAUAGAAGCUCCUGCAGAAUAUCCUGGAUAUACUACACUGGGUGGAACGUCGAAUAGUGACUUUAGGCAGCAGCAAAUUGGAUUCAUUCCAAGACCACAUAUUCAAAACACACAGGAACCUUGGAACAUUUCAGGGAUGCUGCCUUUUUCUUCUCCGGAAUACCAAAGCCAUAUAGGGCAAUAUGAACAGCAUCGCAUGACCACUCAAGAUCCAAAUCAACAGGAGAUCUAUCAGACGGGACAACUCCAGCAACACAAUGCUUCUAAAGAAUUCUUCCGAGCCGCAGGACAAUACAAUCCACAAUAUGUAUGGCCACAUCAAGUGCAAAAUCAAGAGCAAGUAUACGUCCCUAAACCAGAAACCCUUAUGCAACAAUCCAGAGUCCCGUCUGCACAAAACCUCGCAUCUUAUGAGCGUGUAAUGCGGCAAGAGCAAUUACAACAGCAAUGGCAGCAACAUAUGUAUCAACAGAACCCUCAUGCACAAAUGUAUCAUGAUCAUAGUCCAAGGUUCACACGGGCCCCCAAUCCGUAUCAACAGGCACCGCAGCCACAAGGCCAAAAUAGCACUCCCAGAGGGUUCAUGUCAAAUGAGGUUCCUCAGAAUGUGGACCAUCAACAAUCACGAUGGCAAAACGUUCCCCCAACUGGCCCUUUUACUGCGAGGCAAGAAGGCUACAAUGAAGGACAAACUGUCCAAGAUCAUAACCAGCAGAACAUACCUCAUGACUCUGAGUUGAUCAGGAAUCAAGUGCAGCAGAAUGCAGAAGCAACAUAUGAGACAUGGGCACAAUUGGCAAACUUGGUGCUGAUGAAUGCAGGGGCACCACCACAAGACAUGGAGCAAUUAAAGCAGUUGUUUCAGGAUGCCAUGACGAGGAAAUGUGAUGACAAAGAGGAUUCGCCGGAUGUGAAGCCAAAGUUGACACUGGCAAAAAGAAUGAAGAAGCAAUGCACGGAUGAUGACGGAUUCAUUUACAAGCUCAAGCGGAGAAAAUUGAUGGAAGAUGAAGAGAAUCGCUUGGCAAAGUAUGAGAUUGGCAAGCGACGACCUGACAGUGGAGAGGGGAAAGUACUCCUGCUGGUCGGAGCCACUGGAUCGGGAAAGAGUACUCUUAUCGACGGGAUCGUGAAUUACGCAUACGGAGUGACGUGGGAAGACAAAUUUCGCUUGAAGUUGAUCCUGGAAGAAGGAGAGAAGUGUCAAGCAUAUAGUCAGACCAAGUGGAUCUCUGCAUACGUUCUACAAAAGCAACAUGAGUCUGCUCUUCCGUACACAUUGACUGUCAUCGAUACCCCAGGGUUUGGUGACACUGAAGGAAUCAAGGCGGAUGAAAAUCUGAAGAAUCAGAUCAGGAAAUUCUUCUCUAAUGGAGGUAACAUCGGCGUUGAUCAGCUUGAUGGAAUCUGUUUCGUUGUCCAGGCUUCCCAGGCCAGGCUCACACCCACACAGAAGUACAUCUUUGACUCGAUCCUGUCGGUGUUCGGGAGGGAUGUCGAAGAUAGCAUUUACGUGCUGACCACAUUCUCAGACAACAACCGGCCGCCUGUGCUGGAAACUCUCAACAAGGCCGAAAUUCCAUACAAGACCCACUUUAAGGAGUAUAAGAGCAGUCCACCUCUGCAGCAUGUACCUGAUGAGAUCGAGCCGAAAACAGAAACAGAGAAGGAAUAUUCUCGGUCUUCCCCCCUCUCCCGUCCCACUUCCUGUCUCCGAUCCGACCUGCUUUUUUCCCCUUCCCGUCUUUCAUAUAGUUUAGGAAAGCUGGAACGGCUGAGGCAAGAGCAUGCAGCAUUGAAAAUGCACGAGACAGAGUUGGAAAUGAACAAGAGCUUCAUGAUCAAAGUGAACGUCCAUAAGCUAGUAAAAAAAGACAUGGACUAUGGCGAAUAUGUAACAAAUUGCCUAAGAUGCAGUUUCUCCUGUCACUAUCCCUGCAUGAUACCCCAAGACAACGUGAAGGACAUGUGUUCUGCAAUGGGCGUGGACAUGGAGACCGGUGUUACAACACAUUGUCUGGUCUGCCCCAACCACUGCCCGCCUGAUCAACACGUGAACAAUACCUAUCGUUUUGAAAUAUACGAGGUAGAGGAGACAAGAACAGCUGAAGAUUUGAAGGAGAAAUAUGAAGCUGCGGCGGGGAAGAUGUUAGAUGCUGAAGAGAUAGUAAAAGAGCUCACAAAAGAAUUCAACAGGGAAAGAGCCAAAAUACUUCAACUGACCAAACAAGCUCAUGCAUGCUUGAAGAAACUUGACGAAAUAGCCCUUAAGCCCGAUCCUUUGGGGGUUACUGAUUACCUCGACCUUUUGAUAGAGACUGAAAAAAAAGAAAACCGACCAGGCUACCUUCAAAGAAUAAAAUACUUGGAAAAUACACGAGCUAAGGCAGCUUUGGGUGAGAUGCUCAAGAAAGACUUUGAUCCAUUUGAAGAAUACACGAAGGAGUUUGAGGAAAAGGGUAUCGAUAUCUCCAUGUUUGACCCCGAUUCUGGUAGCGAUGAUAAUGAGGAUGAAUCUUCCCCCGAGUCCGAUGAGAUAAGCAACUGAGGAACCGUGGGACACUGAAUGCAGACACAUUGUUCGAACAUUUUGGAACUGUCGAUUCCAAGGGGGCUCUACAGAAAAGAAAACAGCUGUUGGCUGUAGAGUAUGAAUCCCAGAGUAAAUGAUCCUUUGUUUUUUACCAUUGCCUCUCAUAGACUCAAGGGAUUGUAGUACCAUGCAGAAGGGGUGAAUGAGGACGAUGCGACGAGUACGAAAGCAAGGAAGGUCAGAAUUGUGCAACGCUCCUUACAUGGCAGAGCUUCUCACUGCAUGCGUUCUCGGUCUCACGAUCUAUUUUGAUAAUACUUUCCCGUCAUUCCCAUCUCAUCUGACAUGUGACUACGUGGUAGAUAUUAUUUUUCAAAGUCUGUUAUGUGUUUUGUGCCUUUCAACUGUAACUGUACAUGAUCCCCUAUCGCACCAGUAUGAUACUGAUUGGUGUUCUUCCAAUAGCUGCU